UUCAUGGUUAACAUUCCUGAACUUGAUGUUAAUCCUGUACAGGGAAGCAUCGGCAAAAGUAUAACUGCACUAGGCCUGAUAGAAUGCGCUUUUGUGUGUGACUCUGAAGAGUUCUGUGAUGCCAUUUAUUACAACCAGUCAACAAGUCGAUGCACAACGGUUCACAAUCAGACUGAUAAUUAUUCAAUUCAUACAGAGCUGUCUGGUAUUUAUUAUAGAACAAAAGAGGUUAAAACUUGUUUAUAUGAUGGCUACGAAUAUGCAUGGGAAUUAGACGUGUGUCUAAAGUUCUACAUUACCACGACGGAAAGAUUUUCUUGGUCUUACUCGCGAACAAGAUGUCAAGACGAGGCUGGUGACCUAAUUGUAGUAGACAAUAAAUUCAAAGACAAGCUGUUCCUGUUAUAUUUAAAUAAAAUACACGACAUGACGUCAGUGCAACGAUGGUGGAUUGGCGGGAGUGACGUAUUAAAUGAAGGACAAUUCGAAUGGAUAUCUGGUCAGAACAUAACGUAUACAAAUUGGGGUCCAGGACAGCCUGACGAUGCAUCAAAUGAUGGUACAGGAAAUGCCGAUUGUAUACAAUAUUUUUUUAGAACAAUCGAACAAUCUUUUGCAUGGCUUGACCUCCGUUGUGAUAGUAAUAUUUCCUCUAUUUGUGAAAGUAGGGCAUUUAUUUAAAAAAGUGUAUGGUGACGUGUGAUUAUAGCACUCCUCCGUUGAUAUGGAGCAUAUAUAAGACAGUUGGAAAACUGAUAGCUAGAUUCAAUCUUCUUGUUAAACUUUGAAUCAUUUUUAGAU